AUGGUGAAGGUGACGUUCAACUCGGCUCUGGCCCAGAAGGAGGCCAAGAAGGACGAGCCCAAGAGCAGCGAGGAGGCGCUCAUCAUCCCGCCCGACGCCGUCGCGGUGGACUGCAAGGACCCAGAUGAAGUGGUACCAGUUGGCCAGAGAAGAGCUUGGUGUUGGUGCAUGUGCUUUGGACUAGCAUUUAUGCUUGCAGGUGUCAUUCUGGGAGGGGCAUACCUGUACAAAUACUUUGCACUUCAACCAGAUGACGUGUACUACUGCGGAAUAAAGUACAUCAAAGAUGAUGUUCUCCUAAAUGAGCCUUCUGCAGAUGCCCCAGCUGCUCGCUACCAGACAAUUGAGGAAAAUAUCAAGAUCUUUGAGGAAGAUGAAGUUGAAUUCAUCAGUGUGCCUGUCCCAGAGUUUGCAGAUAGUGACCCUGCCAACAUUGUCCAUGACUUUAACAAGAAACUCACGGCCUAUUUAGAUCUUAACCUGGAUAAGUGCUAUGUGAUUCCUCUGAACACUUCCAUUGUUAUGCCACCCAGAAAUCUAUUGGAGUUACUUAUUAACAUAAAGGCUGGAACCUAUUUGCCUCAGUCAUAUCUAAUUCAUGAACACAUGGUUAUCACUGACCGCAUUGAAGACAUCGAACACCUGGGCUUCUUUAUUUAUCGACUGUGCCAUGACAAGGAAACCUACAGACUGCAACGCAGAGAUACCAUUAGAGGUAUUCAGAAACGUGAAGUCGGCAAUUGUAUCACAAUUCGGCAUUUUGAAAACAAAUUUGGCGUGGAAACUUUAAUUUGUUCUUGA